UACCUGACGUUAGCACAACAGACAGCUAGCAGAUCAAAAAGCUAUUUGACAACUGAUUAAAGUAGGAUAUCUUAUGUUACAGUUAUACCCAUGGAUUAACAAUACAAGCUUUUAGAGUAGCACCUCCUAAAAACGUUAUUUUAGCUAAUUUAUCAAGUGUUUAGCUUGUGUUAUUUACAGUUAGGUUAGCUAUGUAUACAGAGCUCAACAGCAUCCUGAGCACCACUCCCGACAGCUUCACACAGGGAGAAUUUAUCUUGGUGUCAGAUAGACAGAGUGAUGCGUCUUUCCUCAUUCACCACUUCCUCUCUUUUUACCUACGAGCACGUUGCAAAGUGUGUUUCCUGGGCCUGGUGCAGUCCUUCAGUCACUACAAUGCAGUCAGUCAGAGAUUGGGUGUAAGUCUAGCACAAGCGAAGGAGAAAGGUCAGCUGAUAUUUCUCGAGGGACUCACAGAGUCAUUGUCUGUUUUGUCUCAAGAAACCAACUCAGGAAGUCAAGCCAUGGACUUCCUCAGGGAUCCUACAGUCGGCCUGCGGCGUUUGUAUGAGUUCAUCCGGUCCAGUGUCAGCAGUUCAGGCGGUGGGGAGGACGGGGCAGAGGAGUGGGGACCCCCGGUGUUGCUGGUUGACGAUGUCAGUGUACUGCUGAGUCUGGGGGUGAGCGCUGAAGCCGUGUUGGACUUCAGCCACUACUGCCGAGCCACAGUCUGCUCCCAGCUACAGGGCAACACGGUGAUGCUGGUACGUUGUGAUGGGGAGGAAGUGGUGGACGACGGAGAUGAUGAAGGCUCAGAGCGACUCCUGAAGGGCCUGACCCACCAGUGUAGCCUCACCCUUCAUGUACAGGGUCUCCCAACUGGCUACUGUAGGGACAUACACGGACAGGUGGAGGUGUGUUGGAGGAGGAGACAAGGCGAUGGACAAAACACACAGAAGAAACUCUUUCAGUACAAGGUCCAUGAUAAAGGAGCCUCCUUCUUUGCUCGAGGGACAUCCAGCGCUGUUCUCUAAUUGCAACCUUCAACAUCCUAACGUACCUUUUAACACAUGACAACUGACUGUUAUGUUUUCAUACCAAGACAAUACAAAUGUUUGUUUGUUAGCUGCCAAAGUGGUUCGCCAGCCAUAGCCAAGCUUCAUGUUUGGCUGGCUGCUAGUGUCAGUGACCCAGUCUGGACCCCAGACUCUGGAGGAAGGACAAAGUGAUCCUGCCUGCUGAUAGCCUGGUUUCAGACAUCUGAAUUGCUCCACACUGUUUUUUUUUUCAGUUCUUCAAAUAAAAGAAGUGGAUGAAUCGGUU